ACUCUAAAGAAGUAAAAUGGUGGUAUUUUCCUUUUCUUCCAUAAGAUUAAUAAGAAUAAAUACCUGCCCAUUUCCCUUAAAACGUACGACGACGACGACCACUGCUACACCUGGGAUUACUCUCUUGCUCUGCCGAACAAUUUCAUCGAUACAUCUGCCCGGAAUAUUUUGGCAAGCAACUGGGGUAAGAUGGUGAAUUCAGAUGCAAACCAGCUUCCUGAAGUGGAUUCAUUGCCAGAUGGAUUUGUUGAGGGCUCCACAGAACCACUGGCUCCUCCAACUCCAACAGUUGAACAAGAGAAACCACGUGGAGAUUACAAGGAGGGUAGUUUCUCAGAAAUUGAUCAUUCGGAUGAGUUGGCUGCAAAUGAGUUUCAAACAAGCCCAGGUAGUGAAGAGAAGACCCAGAAACUUCGGACUUUUCCAGUUCCGUUGUCUGAAACAGAUAGUUUUGAUGUUUCCGAGCAGACACAAGGUUCACAGGGCUCUCAAGACGCAUCUACUGUUCCCGAGGCAUCAGAUGGGGUAGUCAGAUGCAGCAAGGUAAAAGAACAAGUUCAAGCAGAUUGUCAAAGUUCGGAGAGAUCUACUGAGGGGAGCUCAGAAGCAUCAGCAACCCAUUUGAAGGAUAUAUCUUCACGAGAGAGUGCUGAUACUGCGAAAAAUAGAAAACCAGAAACCACUGGAGCGAAAUGUAGGAGUGCAAAGCGGACGUUCAAAUCAGAAAAGGAGUUUUUAGAGUUCACUCUGAAGUAUCAGCAAGUUCUAGCGGAAAAAGAUGCUGCCAUUACUGUGCGAGAUAAGCUUGAAUCACUAUGUAGGGAAUUACAGCGCCAGAACAAAAUGCUAAUGGAUGAAUGCAAACGGGCAUCCAUGGAAGGGCAAAACCUGAGAUUAGAUUUAUCAGCCAAGUUCCAAGAUGCGAUAAAGGAUGUGAGCAAUAAGCUAGAAGAGCAAAAGGAUGAAAGUCUCUCUCAGCUAAAGGAGAAUGAGAUGCUAAGAAAUAAGCUAAAAGAGCUAGUUGAUCAGUACACUAUUUCAGAGCAGCACUUUUCACAGAAGAUAAAGCAGAAAACACUGGAACUUCAGAUUGCUGAUCUGAAAAUUAAGCAACAUGAGGAGAAAUUGGUCCAGGAACAGUCCCGGAUGAAGUUAUAUGCAGAACAGGUGUCACAAUUAUUGGCUACUGAAAAGAAUUUGCGCUCACAGUUGACAGCUGAUGGAGAAAAAUUCCAACAAUUUCAGCCAGGACUAUUCUCAACCUAGUGUGCCAGUGUCGUUUUCUUUUCUAACCCCAAAGCUAUUGGCAACUUGUGGUUCUUUUCCCGACGGUAUCCUUUAUUUCAUAAUAUAUAUAUAUGUAUAUAUUUGACUGAAGAACUGUUGGGUGUACCAUCCCAGCAUUACUAAAGAAGAGCCAAGCUCAUUCAUGUUAACUUUCAAAUUGAUCAGUUGUUGUGAAUAGCGAACCAGCCACUUGUCUUUGCAUUGCAGCCUUCUUGUAGAUGUGCUUAGACCAUUCUCUUCCUCUUAUGUUGGCCUCACUUAACAUUCCCCCUUUUGUCAUAUAGACCUGUGAGGUACAUGUUUGAUCAUCACACCGAUAGUUCCUCCUGAGAUUUUUGCCAUGUAUGUAUGAAAAUGCCCUGUCAAUUUUGCCAGAUCUAAAUUGCUAAAUUGAUUUGGCAGGACGCUUUGUUAAAGAGCAAUGAGGUUUUUGAAACAUUUAAACAGGAGAUUGAGAA